UCCUUGCAAAAAUAACGAAACGUACGCAGCACAAAGAAAGCGGAGACCUUCGACUUCUUCUAGCUAGCUGCAUGAUGGCAAGGCGGCACAGAGGCUUCCGGCUCGGCCGGAAGCUGCUCGGCAUGUGCCGCUGGGCGCUCUCGCACCGCCGCCGACGCCGCGGCGGCGGCUACCUCCGCCUGCAGCGCUGCCAGCAGCUGGGAGGCACAGCCGAUAAGUCCCCCGCGGCCUUCGGGAGCGCCAAGAAGCAGCAGCAGCAGCUGGUCGUUUUACCUCAGGACGAGCCUCGGCGCCGGGUGCUGAUGUGGGGGCGGUCGCUGGCGCGGCGGAUGCGGCUCCUCCCCCGGCGUGGCGGCGGCGAGCGGCUCCUGGAAGAAGAGGCCGCGGAGGCGACGACGCCCAAGGGGCAGGUUGCGGUGUACGUGGGCGGCGACGGGCCCGGCGGGGAGUCGUCGAUGAGGUACGUGGUCCCCGUGGUGUACUUCAACCACCCGCUCUUCGGCGAGCUGCUCCGCGAGGCCGAGGAGGAGUUCGGCUUCCAGCACCCCGGCGGGAUCACCAUCCCCUGCGCCGCCACGCGGUUCGAGCGCGCCGCCGCCAUGGCCGGCAGCUGCAGCGGCAGGAAGGCGCCCGGAUGGUGGUAGCGUAGGCGUAGCACGUGUGUGGCGAGCUCGUGUACAGUUCUACAUACAUACAGUCAUACAGAUGUGCUCGAUCGAAUAGGAUCUGGAUUUGUGUAUUUUUUUCGCCCUCUGUUUUGCCUUUUGACUUU